UCUCUGUGAAGGAAGAAAGUGGUGGCAAAUUUCUGAGGAAACAGUGAAAAUACAGAGCACAGCAUUCCAGUGAGGUGAACCAGUGAAGUUAGAAGGAUAAGAGGAAUAUGUGCCAACAAAAGUCCAUUGUAUUUCUUCUGCAGCUUGGGAGCCCUGAAGUGACCUUCAGUAAGAGCUGCUUAGGGGGCAAAAAAGCCUUCAAGAACAGGAACAAUUCCAGUUGUCUCUGCUUGAUUUUCAGAAACAAUCACAAUGCUCUAAUAUGGCAGCUUCAGCAAGUGAUUCUGGUCUGGCAUUUGGUAUCUAUAAUGGAGGCAUAUAAGCAAGUCCAUCUGGCAAUAACAGGAUUGAAGAGAAGAGGCUUUUAGGGAACUCUCUGAAGUUCUGUAUGUGCAAAAAGUAUAGUCAACUUCAUGCUGUAUGCCAGUUACUUCUUUGCUCCUAGCAUUGGAUCAUACAAUAGUAGAAUUAUUUAGCUUGGAAGGAACCUCUGUUGAUCACCUGGUUCAACUCCUGCUUCAAGCAGUGCUGCCACUGAAGUUAGAGAAAGUUGCUCCAGGCCUUGUCUCAUGGAGCUUUCUCUUGAAAGAUUUAAAAUGGAGUUGAGAGUUGGGUCUGAAAUUUAGCCGAAUUUGGAACGAAGUGUCCCAAACUUUGAAAAGUAACAGAGUUUUAAGCAGUCUGAAUGAAGCAUACUCUUCCUUAGUUAAGUGGAGUUGUCUUUCUAUUUUUGGUAUUACGAUUCUGAUUCUCCAACUGUGCAACAGUCUUCAAUCUGCACAAUACAGAGAUUUUUUUUUGAACAUAGGAAGCAAGCAGAAAAGUGUAUUGCCCUGCAGCACACAUAUUUUCUUUUAGUAGACACAAAACUAAAAUAUUUUUAACAAUUUUCUGUACAAAAUCAGAAAGACAGAUAAACUACUUCAAAUUUGAAAGGUUCUUAGUAUCUUACCUGCGUAAUGACUCAUUUAUUUAAAGGCAAAAGGUGUGAUUCUUGCAUUCACAGAGGUGCAGUGUAAUCAGCUUUAUUUCUGUGUCCUUAACAGCAUGGUGUUCUUUAUGUGCAAAACCCAGCUCUUGUGUCGUAGUUGUCCACUGCAUAAAUGAAUAAAUGUAUUCACUCAGUGAGUUGAGGUUGCUGGAAUGAAGGUAGCUGAUGCCAGCCUUUAUCUAUAUCGAUUUCUUCUUGACAUGUCACAGUGUAUCCUGUGAAGUUGAGUUUUUGAAGAAAUCUCAAAAAUUAUUAUUUGCACUGCUCAGUGUCUACAGGUCCUGGGUAAAACACACUUUGUAGAAGUCUUAAAUACAGUUCCUGGAGAAGCUUAUCUGCUAAGCAGGAAAGAAAGAUGAGGAGGGAGAAAAAUUUAAUAUAAAUUGAAACAGCUGUGCCAUUGUACCUUCAUGAUGUGUCUCUUAAGUGUCAUCUAUGUUUUUCUUAAGUUAGAGCUAUACUGAUACCUUUUGAGGGGCGAAAUUACAGAAAUUAAAUGGUUAUAUAGUUGUGGAAUUGAGCUUUUCGUCUGCUAAUACAAAUAAUUAAUUUCAGCAAGCACUGAUGGCCCUGUUGAAGCGGCAGAGAAAAGCAUAACCUCAGCAGAUACAGUUCUUGGUGUCCUAAGGACUGUGGAGAAGCUUCUCACCUCAUGAGAUUCUACUUUGCAGUUCAUUCCAGCUUUUGAGAGAUUGAAUCUGUCAGGACCUGCAGCAAAACAACUCCACAAAAAGAGGCACCUACAGAACAAAGAUGAUUAUUGGGAAAGAUUACGGUGCUGCGAACACCAGCAAUGGAACAGAUCUAGCUAUUGGCUUUACUUCUUCUACAGUAGCUGUCCUUCUGUUUGGGACAAACUUUGUACCUGUUAAGAAGUUUGAUACUGGUGAUGGCAUGUUCUUCCAGUGGAUUCUCUGUGCCUCCAUAUGGAUGGUUUCUUUGGUUGUCAAUUUGAUCCAGAAUUGCCCCCGGUUUUGGCCUCUGGCAAUGGUUGGAGGCUUUGUGUGGGCCACAGGCAAUAUUACAGUUGUUCCUAUUGUUAAAACUGUUGGCUUAGCUCUUGGUCUUUUGAUAUGGGCUUCUUUUAAUUUGCUGACAGGUUGGGCAAGUUCAAGGUUUGGUUGGUUUGGAAUUGACCCAGAAGAGGUAUCAAGACCAAUCUUAAAUUAUAUUGGAGCUGGACUUUCACUAUUAAGUGCUGUCAUAUUUCUUUUUAUAAAAUCUGAAGUCCAGAGUUCUUCAGCUUCAUUAGAAAGCACACCUUUACUGAGAGAAAGUUCUAUUAAUGUUUCUGAAGAUACCUCUGAUGACUCAUGGGUGAACAGACUUUCGCCAGCAAAAAAGAGACUCAUAGGCUGUAGCCUGGCUGUAGUAGCUGGAAUACUGUACGGUUCCAGUUUUGUACCAGUACUUUACAUCAAGGACCAUGGAAGAAGAAAUGAAACUAUAUACGCAGGAGCAAGUCAGUUUGAUUUAGAUUAUGUUUUUGCACACUUCAGUGGAAUAUUUCUUACAAGUACCAUCUACUUUUUGAUCUACUGUGCAGUCAGGAAAAAUAAACCUAAUGUUUAUCCCCAAGCCAUAUUGCCAGGGUUUCUUUCUGGUGUGCUUUGGGCGAUAGCCAAUUGCUGCUGGUUCAUAGCCAAUCACUAUCUCAGUGCUGUCGUCAGCUUUCCAAUAAUUACUGCAGGGCCUGGCCUGGUUGCUGCAAUGUGGGGAGUCCUUGUAUUUAAGGAAAUCAAGGGACUGAAAAACUACACCUUACUGUCAGUAUCGUUUUGCAUCAUUUUAGCUGGAUCGCUUUCCACAGCUUUUUCUAAAGUUUGAAAGGACCUUCUGGACCAGUAGAUGGUGCUAACGUUUAAAACAAAUAGAAAGACAAUGUUGGUAGAUUUGCAAUACAUAAUAAUUUUCAACAUGUAUGUCUAACAUUUACCCUAAUUUGCUUCAGGCAAGUGAAGAUUAAAACCAUUUGGCAUGAAAGAAAAUAUGGAAAUGUUUGUUUCUUCAUUUCUUUGAAUAGUAAGAAUAUCAGAAGAUUUUAUUAAAUAAAGCUAAAUGAUUUUAUAAUUACAAAUUACUGUUUUUUCUGGUACUAAACUUCAUGUCAUCAUAAAUUGCAGUUUAAUGUUGUGAUGGUGGAUAAAGGGAGUUUAAUUCAUAGUCUGUAAUACUGUAUGUAUUUGCAAACUAACUUGUUUUGACAUUUUGUCUUACUAACUGAAAUAUAAAAUAUGUCUUGAAAUAUUCUUUAUGGAACUGAUACAUAUGAAACUAACAAAGCUUUUAUUUAGAAGCCUUAUUCUUUAAAGUCAUCAGUUUACAUAAGAAGUUAUCUUCCAGUCACUUUAGAAUUGUGGAGGAGGUAGAGUAAAAAAGGUGCUGCAAAAUAAAUCACUUUUGUUUCACAACAUUUUCCAUAACCACCCCUAUCAUGGAAAACAGUUUAUUUUCUUAUUUGUGGCAGCUAACCUUUAUAUAUGCAAAGCAUGUCUGAACCUCUCCUUAGAGAAUCACUGAAUCAACUGGGUUGGAAAACACCUCUGAGAUCAUUGAGUGCAAGCCAUGACCGAACACCACCUUGUCAAGCAGACCGUGGCACUGAGUGUGACAUCCAGUCUGUUCUUAAACACCUCCAGAGAUGGUAACUCCACAACCUCCCUGAGCAGCCUGUUCCAAUGCCCAGUCGCUCUUUCUGUGAAGAACUUCUUCCUAAUAUCCAACCUAAACCUUCCCUGACACAGCUUAAAACCAUCCCCUCUUGUCCUACUGCUGAUUGCCUGGGAGAAGAGAGCAAUGCCUACCUGGCUACAACCUCCCUUCAGGCAGUUGUAGAGAGUGAUGAGGUUUCCCCUGAGCCUCCUCCUCUCCAGGCUAAAAAACACCUCCCUAAGCCACUCCUCAUAGGGCUUGUGCUACAGACCCUUCAUCAGCCUUGUUGCCCUUGUUUGGGCACUCUUCAGCACCUCAACAUCCAGCCUAAAUUGAGAGGCCAAAAACUGGACACAGUACUUGAGGUGCAGCAUCACCAGUGCCAAAUACAGGGGAAGAAUCACUUCCCUGGUGCUACUAACCAUACUUUUCCUAAUAAGGCCAAGAUGCCAUUGGCCUUCUUGGCCACCUGGGCACACUGCUGGCUCAUGUUCAGCUGCCUGUCAGUCAAGACCCUCACAUUCUUUUCUGCCCAGCUGCUUUCCAGCCACUCUGUCCCCAGCCUGUAAUGCUCCAUGGGAUUGUUGUGGUCAAAGUGCAGGGUGAGGCACUUGGUCUUGUUGAACUCAUAUUGCUAGAUUUCGCCCAUCUAUCCAGCCUAUCCAGGUCCCUCUGCAGAGCCCUCCUACCUUCCAGCAGAUCAACACUCCACCCCAGCUUGGUGACAUCUGCAAAUUUGCUGAUGGUGGACUCAAUCCUCUCAUCCAGAUCAUCAAUAAAGAUGUUAAACAGGACUGGGCCCAGCACUGAUCCCUAGGGGACACCACUGGUGACCGGCUGCCAGCUGGAUGCAGCCCCUUUCACCAGCACUCUCUGGGCCCGGCCCUCCAGCCAGUUCUUAACCCAGCACAGAGUAUACCAGGGCUUCCAGCUUUUCCAUGAGUAUGCUGUGGGAGACAGUGUCAAAGGCUUUGCUGAAGUCCAGGGAGACCACAUCCACAGCCUUCCCCUCACCUGCCCCAAGUGGGUCACCUGGUCAUAAAAGGAGAUCAGGUUGGUCAGGCAGGACCUGCCCCUCCUAAAUCCAUGCUGACUGGGUCUGAUGCCCCAUCUGUCCUGUAGAAGUGUUAUUGCACCCAAGAUGGUCUGUUCCAUAACCAGGCACUGAGGUCAGGCUGACAGGCCUGUAGUUUCACUUAUCCUCCUUCCAGCCCUUCCUUUAGAUGGGCAUCACACUGUCCAACUUCCAAUCAUCUGGGAUCUCCCCAGUGAGCCAGAACUGAUGAUAAAUGAUGGAGAGCAGCUUGGCGAGCUCUUCUACCAGCUCCAUUAUCACCCUAGGAUGGAUCCCAUCUGGUCCCAUAGACUUGUGAGGGUCCAAGUGGCUCAGCAGGUCACUGACUGCUUCCUCCCGAAUUACAGGGGGGGCUAUUCUGCUCCCCAUCCCUAUCUGCCAGCUCCAGAGGCCAGUUGUCCUGUCUUAUUGUUGAACACUGAGGCAAAGAGGGUGUUAAGUACCUCAGCCUUUUCCUUGUCUUUGGUAACUGUAUUCCCCCCUGCAUCCAAUGAAGGAGGUUUUCCUUGUCCCUCCUUUUGUCAUUAAUGUAUUUAUAAAAACACUUUUUAUUAUCCUUUACAGAAGUGGCCAGAUUAAGUUCAAAUUGUGCUUUCACCCUCUAAUUUUCUUCCUACAUGACCUGACAACAUCCUUAAACAUUUCCUGAGUUGCCUGACCUUUUUUUCCAAAGGUGAAAAACCCUCAUUUUUUCCCUGAGUUCUGCAAAACUUAGAGUCUUAAGUCUUUUCUUCAGUAUAUGAGACAACCCAAGCUCCUGCUGUCUGUCUUUCUUUGUAACACGCUGACAACUUCUCUUUCUUUUCUGAUAAUAGAAUGGUUUGGGUUGGAAGGGACCUUAAAGAUCAUCUAGCUCCAACCAUCUGCCAUGGACAGGGACAACUUUCACUAGACCAAGUUGCUCAGGGCCCCAACCUGGCCAUGAACACUUCCAGGGAUGGGGCAUCCACAACUUCUCUAGGCAGCCCCUUCCAGUACAUCAGCACCAUCUGUGUAAAGAAUUUCUUGUUAACAUCUAAUCUAAACCUGCCCUCUUUCAAUUUAAAACCAUUUCCCUUUGUUCUGUCAUUAUCUGCCCAUAUGAAAAGUCCAUCUCUUCCUUUUUUAUACACCCCCUUAAGCUUCUGGAAGGCUGCAGUGAGGCCUCCCUCGUGCAUUCUCCAUGCUGAUCUCUCUCUAAGUGAACUAGAACUGUCUAGAAAACCAAGACAUGGCAGUCAGGCUACAGUCUUGGAAAAACCAGGAAGACCACCAGUAAGAUUAUGGAGUUUUUUCCCAUCCAAUUUACAAGCUCUAUUCAUGGUUAUACAUCCUAGUAUUACACAUUCCAUGGUUACACAUUAUGUCAUUACACAGUAUGACACUUUUUGCCAUCAGGGCUUGAUAUUGUUAACAUGUUCGGAUUGCAAUUAUAAUUUCUCCUUUCUCCCUUCCAGCCUUCUUUGUCUACUCUGUAACAGGUUUGAUCUUAAAACAACUGUUACUUAACCUGCUUUUUCCCAUCUUGUGUUGUUUAUUCCUACCCAAGUGUCAGUACUUGUUGUCUGACAAGUUUUUUCCCCUUUAAGCCAUUUCUCUAAUUUUGGGCUGUAUGUUAAACCUGUCCUUCAGCAAAUCAGCAGUAUUUUUCAGCCAGAUGUUGUCUUCAAAUGUAAUAAACAUACUCUAAUUGUUGUAAAUAAUUAAUGAAAAUGCUGCACAAUACUGGCCUUUACUUACUUUUUAUUUGAAUCUAAUACUUCUUUUCACUCUGAUAGGGAACAAUUGAUUACCCUAUCCCUCUGCACAGUUUCCCUCUGUCUUAGAAUGAUUUUAUUUAGACUACUUUCUCUGAGCUUUUACAGAACAUCUGUAGUGGGUUGACCUUGGCUGAAUGCCAGGUGCCCGCCAAGCUGCUCUAUCACUCCCCUUCCCAGCUGGACAGGGGAGAGAGAAUAAGGUGGAAAAUGACUCGUAGGUUGCGAUAAGGCAGUUUACUAAAGCAAAGGCAAAAGUUUGCAUGCACACAAGCAAAGAGGAAAAUAACGAGGUUUAUUCUCUACUUCCUGUCAGCAAGUGGUGUUUGGUUUAUUUCCUGGGAUGGAGGGCUUCAGCACCUGAAGCAGUUACUCUAGAAGGCAAACAUUGUAAAUAAUGAAUGCCUCCCCUCCUUUCCUUCUCCCCUUAUCUUAUGACAUCAGCUCAGAUAUAAAAGCUAAGUUAUAUCCUUCUGGUUAGUUUUUCUGAAGAGGACCAAGAGCUACCGCAUAAGCUAUUUCCUGUUUGGUCUCCUCAGAGUCAAAAAAUCUGGCCAUACAAACCCAAUACACAUCUGAUAGAGUUGUUCAAGGCAAGGUACAUGAUGUGUUCCACCCUAACACCUGGUAUUGUACAGAAAACUGGUCAUUUCUGUGUCCAGUGUUCAGGUCCGGCACAAUUUCUCUUUGACAGAUUCUUGACUGUUAACUUGCCUAGCGGUUAUUCUAUUGGCUCAGGCAAGGAAAAGUAAUAUGUUCACAUGUUUUUUAAAUAACUUGAAUUAAACUGAACAUUUCUUAACUUCUCUGGAUCUGUUUCCUUUCUUAAACAUCACAAUCUUAAAAGUUUCCUUCAUAAAUUAUACUGGAAUAUACUCCAUGCCAGAAAGUCGCCAAUAGACAGAAUUGGCAAAACCAAAAUGCAGUGUUCUCAGGCUCCUCUAAUUUACAGAUCUGCUUUAAUAUGGCAGAUCACUUUUAGAUGAAGAAAAGAAACUUGGAUGCAGUAUUCCGCACUGAACUGUCAUGUGGGAGAUGUUCCUUACAUUCUGUUCAUUGUCUCUAGGACAUCCAUGAUUUUAAAGGCUCAGGAUAUUGGAUAUACUAUGAUUACAGUUGAAUCUUCCAGAGCAGAAGUACCUUACGUUUCCUAGUUUCUAUACAGGCUUUCUGAAACAAAUCAAAAACCUGAACUCCUGACUGUAGCAAUUGCCGUAUAAAUGUAUGUAGUUUGAUGCAGUUUUCCAGUCUAUGUUGUAAAGCUAUCAGAUGUGCAAACUUAAUUGCUGGCUGCUAGGGUAAUAAUUAAAAUUCUUGUUUGUGAAGGCUCAAGUAUGACCUUUAGUAAAAUGGUUUUUAGCAGCUAUCCUAUUCCAUUUGACUUUUCAACUGCAAAAAAAACCCCACCUCUUCAAGCACUUUUUCUGUAAAAAAUCCCAUGUGGGAUUUUUAAACCAAAUUUAUGGUUUAAAUAUGUAUGUAUUCCAAAAUAGUUUUUGUGAUGUUCACUUGGAAUAUGUUGUAUAAAUAUUCCACUCAUUUCUGAGACUUUCUUGGUCUUGAAGUUUCCAGUUAGAAGUAACACUGUUACUUCUUUCAUGUGAGAAUGCUGAAUUAACAGCAUGUUUAUAGAGCUAUUUGUACAAAACAGUCUGGCAGUAACCAAGUUUAGUAAGAAAAAUUCAACAGAUAAUAUAAAUUAUCAUUGUUCUGUUUAUAUCAGUAUGUUUUUGUGUAAAUGGAAGAAUCACAUUUCUGGGAGACAAUUGAACUUUCAAAUAUUUGUUUAGGCCUGUUUAACAACUUGUAAGAAUAUAUUUGAGCUUACUGUAAGAAUUUCUCUGGUAAUACGUAGAGGCAAAGUAGCCUUUAAAACAGACAGGGAGUUCCUAACAUUUUUGUCCAGUGUUGGGAACCAGGGAACUCAGUGUCAUCUUUUUUCAGAUUUCCCUACCUCUUUAUUCCUUUCCCUGUGUUUAUUGUCAAUGGAUAUUCUGAGACUCUAGGCCCUUCUUGUUCCUCCAUAUUCUUAGUAAAAAUGAUUGUUCUCUGGAAAAAUAACAAUAGUUCCUGUCUUCAAGUGUAAAUAGUGAAAACUGGCUUUUCUUAUCCCCAUAAAAAUUUUAUAUGUUAUCUAUAUCAUAAUUUUCUUUUUCAACUGAUAUUCAAGGUUGAUUAAAUACUAUUUCAACAGUCUGACCUGACCCUUGAGCUUU